UUGACAGAACUUGACCAUGUCAUUUGCCGUGCUUUUGCUUACAAGGUCUCAAGUCAUACUACCGACAAGGACUUUGCAAAACUUCCAUAUGCCUUUCCCACCAAUCCACCAACACCCAGCUUGCACAAAGUCCGGUCACGAGUUGUGUUCCUCUCUGGUCUGACACCGGAAUUCUACGACUGUUGCCCAAAUUCAUGCUGCUGCUAUACGGGAGCCUACGACAAGCUCAAGGAAUGUCCAUACUGCCGAGAGAAGCGUUAUCGUGCAGAUGGCAAGCCU